GUCAAAAACUAAAUGUGACAAUACUAAUAAUGCUACUAUUUUUUCUAUUGUUGUCGAAUUCAUAAUAUAUUUAACAAUAUAAUACUGUAUUGAUACUUUUGUGUUUUCUCCUAUAUUCUCCUAAUAAGGAGAAAAUUCAUGCUAUCGUUAUGGCAGAAGAAUCAGCUGUAUCAAGACCAGGUGAAGCAGCGCUUAAAAAUAUGCAGCUGUUGAAAAGAGAAAGCAGUGUCUUCAAAGUUCCUAAAGUGCCACAAAAAAGACAGGAAAAGAAACGAGCAACGGUUCUAGAUGAAGAAGUGUACGUAGAGGGCAUUGCCAAGAUAAUCCAAAGAGACUUUUUCCCGGACCUAGAGAAGCUGAAAGCUCAGAAUGAAUACCUGGAAGCCUCGGAGAACAAGGACUAUACACGACUGCGAGAGCUCACACGCAAGUACAGUGGGCAGAGGCCGCCAACUGAACCUUACAACUCCCCAGCCACAUUUGACACCCCUGACAUAAACCACCAGCGCUCUCCGCCCAGAGAGCAAAGCACUGAACGCGCGCCAGAAAAGCCCAGGGAUGUCACCGACAAGCACUCGCUGGACUCGUUCCUCGCGGCGCACACUAGUGAGGACAAUGCCAGCUACGACCGCGUUAUAGCCUUGGAACAGAAGAAAAAGGCAGCUAAGAUAGGCCCGGCGCUGGCGGCCGAGGCCGAGUCCCGAGAGAAGGCCGACCUCGCGCUCGCCCUGCCGACCGUCGAGCAGCAGGCCGACCAGACCGAACGCCCGCUGGAGUUGGACACCUGGCGCUACACGGCCCGCAACCACAUAAUGUACGUGCCCGCCGGCGCCGGGUCGCAGCGGCCGCCGCCGAAGCCCGCGCUGCGGCGCCACAACACGCGCCUGCGCGCCGCGCCCUUCGACCCCGCCCGCAGCCGGGCGCACAUCGCCGCGCUCGCCCGGGACCAGGACGCGACCGCCCUUGGCAAGAUCGGCGUGGACGGCGCGGCGCAAGACCAUUCGCUGGUCCCGCCGCCCUCGCCCGCGCCGGGCGCCGGGCCCGACGCCUCGCCGCUCAUGACGUGGGGCGAGAUCGAGGGCACGCCCUUCCGCCUCGACGGCGGCGACACGCCGCUCCCGCACGUCGGAUGUGGAGCGGCGUACCGCAUGCUGGACACGGGCGCGCGCGAGCGCAUCGCGCUGCAGCUCGCCGAGCGCGCCGCGCGCCGCCGCCGCCCCACCACGCCCCGCGCGGCGCCGCCCACGCCCAGUUUCAGAUCGAACACGGAGCGCCUGGCCAGCAUGUCGCCGGCCGCGCGGCGCCUCGCCACCAAGCACCUGCUGUCGCCGCGAUCCCGGCUCGCCCCCCGCGGCGUCGGCGUCCACCGCCCCGCGUCCGGGCCCGCCCCCGCCCCCGCCGCCGCCGCCGCCGCCCCCGCCCCCGCCACCGACCCUCGCACCCCCCUGCUCCAGCCGGCCGCCGCUCAACCCCAAACCGACAACCUGACGGAUAACCUUCUUCAGAUUCAUUUGGAGAAGAGAUCGAGAUUAAAAGCGCAAGAUUUCUUCAAGUAGCGAAGGCCCUUCUCGGCAUUCUCAGAGACUAAAGUGGAUAUGAGACGGUGUGACGAUGACAGUGUCUUUCUCGCGGUCUUAUAAAGUGACGUUUAUUUCAUCAAGUCGAUGUAAGCCUGCAGUGUUAAGUGUGUCACUGUUAACGCAUGCAUUUUUAUGUAAGCGUUACAUAUUAAAACUGCCAAAAUCAAAAGGAUGUUAAAAUAAAGUGUUAAAGGGUUCUUUCUACUAUCGACAUACAGAAUCGGUGGAAAAUUACAAUGAAACAUUAAAUUAUUAAUAUUUA